AUGACUUGCUGAAAAGAGAAGCGUUGGGAUUGGGAAUUGGGAAAUAUCGUGCUUAUUUCCUUUUAUUUAUUUCUUCAAUAUUUGAUUUCAAAUUUUUGCGAAAUUAAGUUCUAUAUCAUGGCUGAGAAAAAUAUAUGGAAAUUCUCAGAUGACUCUGAUUUAAGUGAAUACACAUUAAUAGUACCCAGUGUAGCAGUUGGAAACGUAGGUCAACUGGUUUGUGACCUUCUCAUUUCUUCAUUGGAUAUGCAGAAAGUUGCUUCUGUUUACAGUCCAGCAUUAAUUCCAGUUCUGGGCUAUGAUCCCUACAACCUAAAUUCAGAAAAUCUUUCCGGUUGCUGCGAAAUUUACAAAUCAUCUUCACGGAAAAUUGUUGUAUUGCAGUUAAGAGCUCCAUUGGUUUACAAAUAUGCAAGAACUUUUUUACAAGAUAUAGUGGAAAGGUUUCGGGUGAAGAAUAUAAAAGAUAUCAUCAUAUUAACAAGCAGUUACGCUCAUGAGAAAAAACAUAUUUUAACAUCUCCAUUUAGAUAUGUUUCUACUGAAACAUGCCCAUAUAAAAGUAAAGUUAAGAGUUUAAACUGGGUUGAACAUGAAUUUGUUGAUACAUCUGUGAAAAUAUAUGGUGGAGGCUUUGCAUCAUUGCUGUAUGAUAUUUGUGUAAAUAACUCUGUCCCUUGUUUGAUUUUGUAUAAAUAUUGUUCUGAGGGGGAUAACAUACCAGAUGCAUAUGAAAUGAUUCAAUAUUUAUCUGUAGUUUUACCUUUGUUUCCUCAGAACAGUGAUCUAUUAUCACAGCUAGUGCAACCUGUCUCUUGGAAGCUCUUAUUUGGUAGACCACCACCUAUAGAUAUUUACUGAGAAUAAGUUUCCUUUGGAACAUUAUUAUUAUUGUAAUAAACUAUUUUUUUACCAUAA